ACAACAACAACCAGCUAUCUAGAGAGAGAAAGAAGAACACUGAAGUUUCUAGAGAGAGAAAGUUAGAUCAACCGAAAAUGUCAGGAAGAGGAAAAGGAGGAAAGGGUUUGGGAAAGGGAGGAGCCAAGAGGCAUCGCAAGGUUCUCAGGGAUAACAUCCAGGGAAUCACCAAGCCGGCGAUUCGCCGUUUGGCCAGACGUGGCGGCGUUAAGCGUAUCAGCGGUCUCAUCUACGAGGAGACUCGCGGUGUACUCAAGAUCUUUCUUGAGAACGUUAUCCGUGACGCCGUUACUUACACUGAGCACGCUCGCCGGAAGACUGUUACCGCCAUGGACGUCGUCUAUGCUUUGAAGAGACAAGGCCGUACUCUGUACGGAUUCGGAGGUUGAUUAGUUAAGAAAUUGAUUAUUUUUCAAAAAAUUGAUGAAUAAAUGGUAAAUUGGAGAAAGAAAGGUAUUAGAGAAAAAGGGCCUUCGUAGUUGAAUAUCAGGCCCAUUAUGGGAGCCCAUAAAAGUGAUUGGGCUAAAUCGUAAGGUCCAUUUCAAAUAAUGGUCGCAUGAGAGGAGUUCAAUUCGAUUUAAGAAAGUAUAGCAACUAAAUCAACAUAAACUAAUUUAAACCCAAUGUUUGGUUAGUGCUAAUCUAAAAUGAUCUGGUUUUGAUUGGUUACAAUUU